AUGCUAAGAACAACGCUUUUAAAAAAUAUUCACCUACUCACUAAAAGUAGUAUUGGUACUGCUACUGCUACUGCUACUGCUACUACUACUACUACUAUUACUUUAUGCAAAUACUCUCAAGCAAGAGUAUUAGCUAUCGGAGGCUGUCAACGUCAAUUGUCCACCCAGUCAAAAGACACUCGGCCAAGCGAAUAUGAACUAAGAGUUGGCUAUGCUAUUGCAAUACUUCAGGACGAUCUGCCAAACUUUUUUGAAAAUGGACUUGAGAAUGACACAAUCUAUUCUAAUAACAUUGUCUUGUCGGAUCCUCAUUACACUCGGCUAUCAAUACAAGGCCGAACCACCUACUUACAUAUUGCACAGGCUCUUCGGUGGAGUCUGAGAAUGUACUUUGAUGCAAUCCAGUUUGAGAUUACCCGGAUGCGCGUCUUGCCAGAUAUUCCGGCCGAUUCGUCUCCAGAUGACACAAAUAACCGAGACGAUCAAAGCCAAGAAGAAGAUUCUGGUGAGAAUCAGGGCUGGGAUCCUCAAAACAAAGAUGACAUGCCCGACAUCCAUCCUCUGCGCGACGUCUUGGCCACCAAGGGAGUCGUGAGAUCGCUUGAGGUUCGUUGGCGGCUGCAGGGAACCCACCGGCCGUCGUUUGGAUUGAACCAGUUGUUGGGCAUGAAUGUCGAUAUACCGGUGCGCCAUGUGGAAGGAGUGUUUGUGUAUGCGUUUGACAGCGAAGGGUUUAUUGGAGAGCAUCGGAUCCAGAGAAUCGUGCCGCCGCCUAGCAGGCGUGUUCUCUGGGUCCACUCCUGGGGAGCACGGCUGCAUGCCUAUCUAGAGGCCCUACGAAGGCGACCAGAGUUGAAUCCAGGUAUUGGUGUUGGAUGCCGAACUACCACCCCUCCUCCUUGA